ACAUAGUAUAUAUUAAAUUAAACUAAAUCGUUCAUGCAUCAAUAGAGAAUACAAUACUCGACCAAUUGUGAGUAUAUAUAUCAAUCGAAUGAUCAUGCUAUAUUUGUUGUUCAAUGUAAUCGAUCGUUAUCUAAUGAUCAUUCAACAUUAAAUGCUGUUCAAGAAAAUUAUGUUUAAAUACAAUGUUACAAUAACAUUAAAUGGACGAUUGAAUCAUAGUUCACGAUUUAUUAGAUCUAUUUUACUCAUGAUUAUGAUGAUUUUAGGAUUGAUUUUCGUUUAACAGAUGACUUGUACGUCAACUAAAAUAAUAUUUUAUUACACAAGCUUGAUAAAAAACUAUUUUAUCUGUAAACAUGAUUUUGUCAUUCUUGUCAUCAUAUUUUUCUUUAUAAUAUAAAGAUUUAUUGAUGAUGGAAAAUGUUUAAUGUUGAAAUUAAAACAAAAGACAAGUUUUUACCUGAUCUUUAUAGAUCAUAAAACUUCACGUUGUCUUCCAUUAUUAAGAUUAAGCUAUUAAAAUAAGUAAAACGAACUUUAAAACGUGUCAAUAUCUUAUUUAUCUGAAGAGAGAAUCGAAAAAUAAUAUCAUUUGAAGGUUCAUACGUAUAGGCUGCUUUGAAUUGUUCAUCUCAUACAAUAAGAAUGUUCAACAUUAUAUUUGGAUGGUGAAUAUCAUUUAUGUGAAAAUUCAGUAUCGAAAAUUGUUAAACAGUUUAUGUUUAAAUAGUAUGUUAUAGAAACAACAAUAGAUGAACGAUUUAUGGAUACUGGUAAUAUUGUAAAUUAUGGAAUAAAACUUUUCCUAAAUAAAGAAAAAUAAACAAUAGCUCGUACAAAUCUCUAUAUGAUGAUCAUUGUAAAAUAUUCAAUCAGAGCAUUCUGAAAUGUCCUUUAUAAUUGUAAAAUAGAGUUCAUUUUAUUCAUGACUGUAAAGCAUUUCGGUUUAAUAAAAUCAUUUUAUAGUGUUUACACAGUUAUUUUCUAAUUCCUCUUCUAAUUGAGAGGACAGAUUGAACUAGCAAUAUGCAGAGCUGGUUAAAAAAAUUGAAUAAAUUACUGAUCUAAAGUUCAUGGAGUAAUAUUUAUACAUACACAAUUAGUAAACUAAAAGUAAAAUAAAUAAAUAAAAAAAGAACUUGUUGUUCUUAUCAUUUUUAUGACGUUACUGUUUUAUAUAUCAAGAUUUCGUUCUUGCACAACGUAUAUGCAACAUUUUAUCUAAUCUUGUCUAUAUAAAUAAUCUAUCUUAGAACAAUGAAAAAUGCACAACAUGUUGUUUUUUAUUUUUAUUUUUCUCAUACAUAUAUUAUGCAGCCAAACAGCCAUUCUUCAAUGUGAUUUUGAAACAAUUUGUAAUGAUUUUGACGUUGAUAGUAAUUGGGGUUUAACGGAUGGUCUUCAUCCUCAUUCUAUCAAUCACGAUCAUACAUUGAAUAACAGUUCCGGUCAUUAUUUAUUCUAUAAUCCGAUAAUUCCACCACCACCUUAUACUCUAAAUGCUGAAAUAAAAACAAAACAAUGGUUACAAUUAUCAAUAGAUCGAGCUGUAUGUUUUCGAAUGUGGUAUUAUACUCCUCGUCUCAGUCUUCCAUUUACUAUUCAAUUAGUACAGGGUGAUGAUGAACAACUUACAAGAAUUAUAGCUUCUAUUCAUGGUAAAGAUCCAUCAAUUAAUGAUUGGACAUUGAUUAAUUUCACAUUGCCAGCUGAGAAAAUCAAAUUAUUUAUUCGAUUAAAUACUUCAGCUGUACCUCUGUAA